ACUGUGUCCAGGCUUUUGGCGCCCCCUGCUGGACAGCUCGGGUCCUGUGGAUCUCAAAGUUCCGCACAGAAGCAGGAGCAGAGGCUUUGCGGCUGUUCGGUGGCACGCACACGGCGCGUCACCACGUCGGAGGUCAGACCGGAGUCCGACCAUCACAGGAAGCUCGUGGACGACCCGGUUCUGGUCCCGGUCAUGUUGCGGGUGAAUCCUCCGCGGCUCUGGCCGCAGGGACUCGUGUGCGUUGUGAGUUUGCUCCUGACACCUGCGGAGCUUCACCCGCAGUGUUUGGACUUCAAACCGCCCUUCAGACCCCUCCGGGAGCUGGACUUCUGCGUCAUGUACCGGGAGUUCGGCUGCUGUGACUACCAGAAGGACCAGGAACUGAUGGCUCGGUAUUACCGGAUCACCGGGAACUUUAAUGAGCGCGGAUACGCAAACUGUGCGGGAUUUGUGCUGGAGCUGCUCUGCCAGGAAUGUUCUCCAUAUGCCGCUCACCUGUUCGAUGCUGAAGACCCGAGUACCCCGCUCAGAACCAUCCCCGGUCUCUGCUCGGAUUACUGCUCCCGGUUCUGGACCAAGUGCCACUCCAUCCUCCCGCUCCUUUCUGAUGAUCCACGGAUAAAAGAAAACAGAAACAUCCAGACUCACCUCUGUAAGCUCCUGGAGCUAGACGAUGCCGAUUACUGCUACCCCCACCUGCUCACCAACCCGAAGCUCACCCAGAACCUGGGUCGGGUCCAGACGGGUUCAGAUGGCUGCCUGCAGCUGUGUCUGGAGGAGGUGGCCAACGGCCUGAGGAACCCACUCGCCAUGGUGCACGCCAACGACGGUACUCAUCGGUUCUUUGUGGCGGAGCAGGUGGGGCUGGUCUGGACCUACCUUCCGGAUCGGUCCAAACUGGAGAAACCCUUUUUGAACAUCACCAAGGCGGUGCUAACGUCAUCCUGGGAGGGAGAUGAGAGAGGCUUUCUGGGACUCGUCUUUCACCCUAAAUUCAGGUACAACAGGAAGCUGUACGUGUACUACUCUGUGGAGGUCGGCUUCGACGAGAGGAUCCGCAUCAGUGAGUUCAGGGUGUCCACCAACGACAUGAACAUGGUGGACCACACCUCAGAGCGUGUUAUUCUGGAGAUCGAUGAGCCAGCUUCCAACCACAACGGUGGCCAGCUGCUCUUCGGAGAUGAUGGCUACCUGUACAUCUUCACAGGUGAUGGAGGGAUGGCAGGAGACCCGUUUGGGAAAGAUGGAAAUGCCCAGAACAAGUCGGCUCUCCUGGGAAAAGUUCUCCGCAUCGAUGUGGAUAAUAACGAGAGAGGUCCGCUCUACAGGAUCCCUCCAGAUAACCCCUUCAUACACGAUUACGAAGCCCGGCCUGAGGUGUACGCUUACGGAGUCCGGAACAUGUGGCGGUGCUCGGUGGACCGGGGUGACCCACGGAACAAAGAGGGCAAAGGUCGAAUCUUCUGUGGAGACGUGGGCCAAAACAAGUUUGAGGAAGUGGACAUCAUUGAAAAAGGUCAAAACUACGGCUGGAGAGCCAAAGAGGGAUUCUCCUGCUACGAUAAGAAGCUGUGUGCCAACAGCUCGCUCGGCGACGUUCUGCCGAUUUACGCUUAUCCUCAUAAGAUGGGCAAGUCCGUGACGGGGGGGUACGUGUACCGCGGCUGUGAAUACCCCAACCUCAACGGCAUGUACAUAUUCGGAGACUUCAUGAGUGGGCUCCUGAUGAGUCUGCAGGAGGACAAAGCCGGAGGCCGGUGGCGGUAUAACGCGGUCUGCAUGGGGAUGGGACUCACGUGUGCCUUCCCCGGACUCAUCAACAACUACCAUCACUACAUCAUCUCCUUCGCCGAGGACGAAGCUGGCGAGCUGUACUUCAUGUCCACAGGAGUACCGAGCGCUACGUCGCCAUCGGGCGUCGUUUAUAAAGUGGUCGAUCCGUCACGACGGGCCCCUCCGGGACAAUGCCAUUAUGAUCCUCUUCCUGUCAGAGUAAAAAGUCGUCUCAUACAGUUUGUUCCACACGAAUCUCUGAUUGGUGUGGAGCAGCCAACCAAAAACGAGCCUGAACCACAACCCACCAAGAGCUACGACUGGCUCUUAGAGCUCCUUGAUAAUCUAGGAGGCGUGGAUCCAGCCCCGACUACCCCAGCACCGAUCCGAACUACCACCAAGUCACCCAGAAGUUCCCGUCGGAAGGACCGACGUCGGAAGGUAAUUCCCGCAACAAACGAUGCGCCUGAGCUUCAGAAUGGAGCCGUGAGGCUGGUUGGUGACGAACAUGGGCGCAGCGACCGUGGACGGGUGGAGAUCUACAUCCACGGGGAGUGGGGUACCGUGUGCGAUGACUUAUGGACAACUGCUGAUGCCGAGGUGGUUUGCAGGCAGCUGGGAUUCCGGUAUGCCCUGAAGGCAUCCAGGAACUCUGAGUAUGGUGAAGGGAAGGAGCUCCGGAUUCUUCUGGACGAUGUUCAGUGUGAAGGAGCAGAGUCCAACCUGCUGGCGUGUUCACAUGCUGGUGUGGGGAGGCACAACUGUAACCACCUUGAAGAUGCUGGAGUGAUCUGUGGAAACUCACCCCCUGUUGUAGAAGUCUAAAUGUGAAUCAUUUGAAUGAAGAGCUAAAUCUGCGGUCUAAAAACCCUUCUACAGUUUAACUGAGCCAAAACGUCCCUGCAGCUGCUGCCCAGGUUCACCUGCAGACUCAUCUUCUAUAAUUAGUUUCGUGAUGGACGUGAAAACAGAAGCAAAAUGGGGGAAUUGUGUGAAAUACGCUAAUGCAGAAAUGAUAAAGCUCCUUUAACAGGAUACUACCUAUUUUAAUUCUCUAAUAAAGUUACUAAGGAUGCAAAAUGAGGUGCAGGGUCAACAUUUUACAUUUAGUCCAGUUUUGAUCACAUCAGUGGUCCAAUUAAAAUCUAUUUACUUUCAUUAAUCCAACUUAUCCGGCCUUUUAGUUGACUGGAAAAUAAAUGUUUGACUAGUUUCUCUCCUAUAGAACCAAAUGUUUAUUUUUCCUGUUAUCAUAAUGACGUAUGAUGCCAUGUUGAUACUUCUGGGUGGAUGUGUGUAAAUAAUUCGCUAAAUGAUUUUAAUAAAAAGCCUACAUCAGC